GGAAUAACCCGUACAUCUUGCCACCUCUCUCUCGCGAAAGAACAUAUGACCGAGAUGUCCGUCCUCUACCUUCUCGAUUCACAAAGUUCAUGGACCACUCGCCAGCACACGAUGGGCAGCUUAGGCCCACUUGCACAGACUUGGAGACCUACCAUGACAGUCGGCAACAACGGCCCGUCUCCUUAUCGGUUUUCAACGCACCGACGGCGACGUACGCUUGGGAACGCUAUGAACCUGAAUCUCAGAUACCCUAUCCACGCCCCCUUUAUGUCGAUUACAUUGGCCGAAGUUCUACGCGGUCGGCAUCGUCGAGCUCCAUCUCCAGCUUGCGUGAUUCUCCUGGCAUGCCGUGCGUUUUUAUCAGAAACAGUAUGAAACAGCGUGUUAAAAUGCAUUCGCCUUGGCAGCUCCCCGGCACUAUCUGACCGCAGCGUCUCCACACCUACUUUACUCCCCCAAAAACGAAGAAGCUCGUCCCCAGCUGGACACUACCAUGCAUCUUCUGUUACGAAGAUCAUGGAGCCGCUCAGACAUGUAAACAUUGAAGUUG